AUGUCCAAAACGUUUACUCGGGAAGAAGUGUCAAAGCACAAGGAGAAGGGGGAUUUGUGGAUAAUCAUCGACUCUACGGUAUACGACCUCUCCAGAUUCUCGACAAUUCACCCAGGCGGACUUGCCGCUCUAUUGGACGACGACGUUGCCGGGAAAGAUGCUACAGACGCCUUCUUCACUUUGCAUCGUUUUGAGGUUCUUCAGAACCCACAGUAUGCACGAUUGAAGCUCGGUCAUAUUCAAGGAGAAGAGCCUCAAAUGAUUAAGCCACCUCCUGGGUCGUUGAGCGAGAUUCCGUUUGCUGAACCAACCUGGUUAUCGAAAGGCUACCAUAGUCCAUAUUAUAACGAGAGUCAUCGUCGACUACAGACCGCAAUCCGCAAGUUCACUGAAGAAGUCCUAUUUCCAGACGCUCAAGCUCGCGAAGAGGAUGGAAAACGCGUGUCACAGCACAUAUUUGAAGCGCGGGCACGAUUAAACCUUCCUGCCAUGGCUUUAGGACCUGGCCCGCAUCUCAAAGGACUCACGCUAAUGGACGGAGCAGUUAAACCAGAGGAAUUUGAUUGCUUCCAUGAGCUAGUCAUAAUUCAAGAAAAAUCUCGACUCCACGCUCGAGGGUAUUCUGAUGGUAUGGCGGGUGGAACGUACAUAGCUUUGCCUCCUAUCAUGAAAUAUGCGGCUCCCAAAAUCCGGGAUAAGAUUGUCAAGGAAGUCUUUGCGGGACAGAAAUUCCUCAGUCUGGCCGUUACCGAGGCCUACGCCGGGAGUGAUGUUGCCGGGAUCAGGACGAGAGCGACUAAGACUGAUGGUGGCUGGAUCGUCAAUGGAAGGUAA